AUGGUAAUAAUGUGCAUUGUUUGGACUACUGCUCUUUUUAAUCUUCACUUAAUGGAUUUCGUACUUCCAAAUAUCAAAGGAAAUAUACAUAUUAAUAAUAUGUUAUAAACUACUGGUUAAUUUUUAGCCUAUGGAAUAUCUGUACCAAUUAUUAAUAAAAUUGGUAUAAAGCUAUCAUUUGUAUUAUUUCUUACUCUAUGUUGCUUUACCUCUCUUUUUUAUAUAUUGGUUUCUAAAAAAUCAACUAUAUUCAUAGCAGUAUUAGUUUUUCUUAGCAAAUUAGGAUCAUCCCCUAUCUACACUUUGACUUAUAUAAGCUCAAAUAAACUUUUCCCUGCUAACAUAAAAGCAACUUUGUUUUCAAUUUGCAAUAUUUUUGCAAGGUCAAUAACUAUUGGAGCUCCAUCUGUAGCAGUUAUGAAAUAACCGAUACCAUUUGUUGCUUUUGGAGUAGCAUCAUUUAUUUGCCUAAUUUCAACGAUAUUUUUGAAUUUUAACAAACUUGAAACUAAUUAAAAUAAGUUAUAAAGAAUUGCCAAAAUGGAUUUGAAGGAAUGA